ACGGUCGCAAAAUGAUUUAUUUAUUUUCCUUUUCUUUUAUCAGUUACACAAUCAAACGUCCCUGGAUUUGCUCUCACCCCUCUUCCCCUACAUAAACACACAUCUCUGUCCUCGUAUGUAUCAGCUAUCCACCCCAAACAACACAGAUACAUAAUUACAUCGAUGGGCAAGCAAGAAUCAGAAGAAAACAUGAAUUACUGGGACAUGUUGCCUGAAGGCUGCAUAGCUGAGAUAGUAUCUCAUACAACUCCACUUGAUGCUUGUCGUGUCGCUCUUGUCAGCCCUGCUGUGCGUUCUCUUGCUGACUCUGAUCCUGUUUGGGACAAAUUUCUGCCGCAUGAUUAUCGCCAGCUCAUUGCCAGGGCUGUUGAGAAUCAACCCAUUCAUCAGCUUUUGUCUGCUUCUCCUUCCAAGAAGGAUGUGUAUCUCUCUCUCGCUGAUCACCCUCUCAUCAUUGAUGCUGGUGAUAUGAGUUUUUCUCUGGAUAAACGGACAGGAAAAAAGUGUUUUAUGAUGGGGGCUAGGGCACUCGCUAUAGUGUGGGGUGACACUCCAAGGUAUUGGAGAUGGAGAUCCGAUCCGGGAUCAAGAUUUGGCAAGGCCAUUGAGUUGCUUGAUGUUUGUUGGUUUGAAAUCCAUGGAAGAAUAAGCACUUCAUUGUUGUCUGGAGAUACCGGUUACACCACAUAUCUUGUCUAUAAGCUAGCAACAAGACGGUAUGGGUUUGAACACCUACCGCUAGAAAUUACUGUUGGGAUAGUUGGCGAAGAAAGCAUAAAGCGCAAUGUUUUCGUGGACCCAGAAGGUGAAGUGCAGCGUGAAAAUGUCACCACACCUGGGCGAAUGGAUUUGUUUCAUAAUUUCAGAGCCGCACAACCAAGGCCUCUAGUUGCUUCGUCUGUAAAUGCUGGCAGCCAAAAUCCAAGGACUAGAAAAGAUGGAUGGUUAGAAAUUGAGCUGGCCGAAUACUACAACAAAGAAGGGGAGAACAGAGAACUGGAGAUCAGUUUGUGGGAAUUGAAAGGUCAACACUGGAAGAGAGGUCUUAUUAUUCAAGGGCUUGAGAUCCGGCCUAUGGGUGGUAAAUGACUCUGAUCAGAUGCUUGAGGGGCAAUGCUCGAGUACUUUACAAUAAUUGGUAGCUUGCUCUUGUUAGAAAGCUAGAUAGCAUCUCAAAAAUCGAACUACUAUGUCAAAGGGAGUUCCUCCCCCCUCCCAUUGACCUUCUAGGAAAUUAUGGUCAUGGUUUUAAUAGGUAGCGUGGUUUUGUUAGCAAGCUGGAGAGCAUUGCAAAACAUAAACUAAAACUAGUAGGUCUAAGGGAGUUCGUUCCCCCUCCCAUUCACCUAUUAAGCAUUCGCUCAGAAACUAGUUGGAUUAAAAAGAGUUCAUCGGUGAUUCAAAUACUUUUUUUCUCUUCUAUUCUUAUGUUUUACAUGGAUGCUAUGUUUUUCAUGGUGUUCUUUCCUUUUUACGGCUUUCCCAGCACCCUGCUCUUUUUACUUCUGUUAUUAAGUUAUAUAGGUAUGUUACGUUUUUCGUGUAGUUCUUUUCUCUUCUCAGCUUUCCCGGCACCCUGCUCUUUUCUCUUCUAUUAUUAUGUUUUACAUGUA